AUGCGUUACAACGUCUGGGAUGUGGUGAUCUAUCCCGCGGACACUGGAAUCCCGCUUCAGGAGUAUCAGGUGAAUUACCAGGUGGUUCAGGAUAGAGACUCGCCAUACCUGACCAAUCCUGACCUGAUGCAACGAGCAUUGGGAGCCAACGAUGUGGUAACUUGGGGUAAGGUCCCUCUCAUCACUUGUUUCAUUCCCAGCAUGAAAGAGCUUGUGCCCAUGCAAGUCUCGAUCCAUCACUGGGCCUAUCCUGAGCCGACCUGGAUCACUCUUUCGACCAUGAUACCGGGCGAUACAUUGGUCUACGGCAUGCGGGUUCUGGUUGACGGCGUGUGCCUUGGGGGUAGCUGGUUCACUCCCUCUUUGGCGCAUCCAUUCACUCUGAUGAACGGCGGCCAAGCUCAUGGGCCCCUUCUCCGAUUCCCUCCAUUCCAUCCGGAGGUACUGAAAAUGGGCGUCGGAGAUGCUAACGCCUCUCUUGGCCGAAUCAAGGUCGUUAUCUCGGAGGGUAUUGCUCGCCCUGGCUGGGAGGUCAUUGAGCCAAUUCACGAUGUGGCCAUCUUCAGCUUCCAGCAUGUUCCUCACGUGGCCCUGAAAUCUGCGCAGAUUGCAUGGCCCAAUCCUUACAUGUGGGGUUCAGCAGCUCCCAGAUGGGCCGUGCAUGGUCAGCGCUUCUUCCAUAAGGCCAUGGCUCAUGAAGCAGGCCCCGAACAUGACCGUAACGAUGAUGACCAAGCCACUCCCCGUGCUUCUCAGUCAGCAAAGCGCGACAGUCCCAGCCACGGCUCGUGUGGUAGUCGUCCCUUCGACAUCACCAUACCCCAGGAAGCAGGCCCACAAGGCAACCCCCAUGGCCCUGCCAGCCCCCGUGCUUCUCAGUCAGCACAGCACGGCAUUCCCGUCCUUACUGGUGGAGCGGUAUUUGCAUCUGGAGAUACAUCCAUAGCGGGCCCAGCUGCAUUCUGGAAGGCGGGUUAUCAACGAAUUGCGAGCACUUCCAGAUCGGUGACAAGCGCGGACCACAUCCCACAUGGGGCUCCCAAGACGCCGCCUCAUCCCAAAGCCAAAUCGCAGGAAGGCACAAAGAGACUUCCAAGGGAUGCUCCCAGGACGCCUUCGUCACGCCGGAAGAAGAUCCGAGCAGAGCUGGUCAGAGAUGCCCUCAAGACGCCGUCCCCGCUCAGGGCUAGACGAGAUGAGACGUCUCGGCGCUACGCUCGUAGAUAUCUCAGCGGCCGCGUCGAUCCUGCGCUGGUGGGUUCACCUUCCCCGCCACGUCUGGCAGCCCAUCACGGUUCCCAGUCCUUGUCAAGUGAUGGUUCGAUUUCUGAAUCUGGAUCGUCCAUCAGCAACCGUAGUACUCGCUCUUCCCGAAACGGGGUGUUCAUGCCCGACGCCAACGUGGACUCGCCUGAGGUGGAUUUGGAUCCCUUGCUCUCACCUGAAACAAUUAGACACCUGCUUUCAGAUUUGCCGGAAUUCAUUGCUGCAGAUGAAGGCCGGGCUCGUACUCCUGAGGGCCCAAGGAAGGGAACAGGUCUCUUUGCGCGCCGUGGUCGGGGCAGACGCUGA